GCGAGUCCAUGGGAUGAUGCUAUGAGACAAGCGUUGAGACAUUUAGCACGAAAGUGGGCUUGUAAAUUUGGUCAUCGGAUGUGUCGAAAUGCCGCAUUUCAACGUAUGUUGGUUUAUUUAGAUAAUGAUGAACUAGACGAAAUUCCGGAACAUUGGAGAUAUUGGAUACUUUGUGAUGGGAUGAAGUUAGUAAAUUUAGAUAUAUGGAAAAGGUUUCUGAAUAAAAUUAUGAAUAAAACUAAUACGGAGGUGUUCCUAAAGUAUUUGUUAUGUACUGAAAAUAGCUCGAUUAUUGAGCAUUACUUAACUUUGAUUAUACGGACAAACUAUUUCCAGAAAAUAAAACAAUCUGUGGGAUUAUUAUGUCGUGAUGUUAUAAGAAAACAUGUUAAGAACAAGGAUGUGCUACUUUUCGUGCUCAACAAUAUUGAUGCAAUAAUGAAUAGGUUUUCACAUGAUUUCCCUCUUGGUAUUUUGUUAGGUGACAUCAUUACAAAUGUGUAUUCGUUUGGGGAUCUUGACAUGAUAAUAGAAUAUGCAGAGAAAUACUCUUGGAUUAAGAUUGAAUUAGCCCCAUCAUUCAACUCAAUGAUUACCAACUGGAGAAGAUAUCUAAUGAAAGUGCUGAGCAAGUUUCAAAUGUUUCAUGAUCGAGUUUAAAAUGCUUUAAGAGAUCGACUUUAUGAUCUCCCGCAU